GCUUGCGUACUGCUCACGUCUCGAUCAACGCCUGUCACAGGCGGUACGGAUGUACUACGUAAGCCCUCGGCCGUUCUGCUCAUGCGCCCAGGAAGCUCGCGUAAAAGCCCUUUUGCGUGAGUGGCAGCAGCUGGCGCCAAUGUAUGUAUAUAAAAGGUCAGUAUUGCCUGUUAUGCCGCGGCCUUUCGCACGCAGCGGAUGUCUUUCUACUACCCAAGAGUUGGUGACUUGACACACCAAAGCAUCGUUUGAAAUCCUCUGCCAGAAACAAAAAAAUAAUGACUGGCCCUCCUCGCAUUGCUAUUAUUGGAAGCGGCCCUGCUGGCCUUUCUUUGGCCAAAUUGCUUCAAGUUUCCGGCAUUCCUUGCAAAGUGUUUGAGCGCGACAACGGUCUGCAUGACGGAGACCACCAAAAUGGUUGGGUUAAAUUGUACCCUCAGACCGGUCAACUCGCUCUACGUGAAGCCGGGCUCUUCGAGGCGUUCAGGAGGCUUUCCAAUUCUGAAAGCGAAGUUUUGAAAAUCCUCCGACCCAAUGGGACACCGAUUCUUGAUGAGAACAACACGAAAGAGAAUAAACGACGACACCACCCGUCUUUUGACCAGCCCAGAAUCGAUUAUACCAGACUACGCAAUUUGCUCCUCGAGUCCCUUCGCCCGAAGACGGUGGUCUGGGGAAGAAAGCUUGUGGCGGUGGAAAAUUCACCCUCGAGCCCAAGAAAGUACGAUCUUCUCUUUGAGGACAGUACUGAAGAGGAUUUCGACCUGGUGGUGGGAGCUGACGGGGCACAUUCUACGGUCCGGCCACGGAUGACCCACCAUCGUCCAGUCUAUUCAGGAAUCACGACUGUUCAAUUUUGGGCCACCGAAGUCAAAGAAUGGCAUUCCUGGCUCACGGAUUUUGUGGGGAACGGGUCCUGCUUCAUGUUUGAUAAAGGCCGCGCCAUGGAAGCACGUAGGAUCGGCGAUGACAGCAUCCAACUCACGGUGAGUGUUCGACAGGCCGAAGGUUGGCUGGACAAAUGCGGCGUCGACUGGUCUCUACCCGAGGAGGCCAAGAGGAAAUACCUCGAAACCUUCUUCAAGGACUGUGCGGAGGAUCUGAAACUAGCCUGCCUCGACUGCACCGACCGAAUGAUGAGGAGGAAGGUGUACAUGCCGCCGCCUGCCGGGACGCGGUGGGAGAGUACCCCGGGCCUCACGCUCGUGGGCGACGCGGCUCACCUGAUGCCACCUUUUGCGGACUUGGGGGUCGAUCAAGCCAUGAACGAUGCCUCGAAGCUGGCUCGGGCCCUCUCAUCCAACGAGAGGACGCCUGCUGGCCUCGCGAGGGGGGUCAGAGAGUAUGAAGGGGAGAUGUUGGUGCGUGGGGAGCACGUGGCCCGGACAGCGUGGGAAGUGUUUGAAAGCCACUUUAGUGCCAAUGGUGGAGAGAAGUUUGUUGGCCGCGUGCUGAGUGGUGGUGGGAAGUAAGCGAGGGAAAGUUCUAACAAUGUUGUUCGUACUCUUCUUCUAGUCAGUGAGUAAGCCAGCAGAAUCGACGACGACGAUGACAACAGCAACAACAAAAACAACACAGCAGCAGCAGCAGCAACGAAGGAGUACCAACCAGCAAGGAUAUCAGGGCAAAGUAAUAAUCACAAUACCAAUAAUAAUACCAAUACUCAGGACCGAUACCAAAUACCUACACCUCCCAAUCCCUGUCUAUCCAUCAUACGAGUCUUCACCUCGUUCUCGUCCUGACUGUCCCGUUUGCUUCGCUACUGAACGACAAACACCUCAGCCCCGGCACCAGUCUUGUCGAUCGGCUUCUGGAGACCGUCGAUCACUGCCUCGACAAGAUCCUGCGCUGCGGCCCCCUCGGUGGCUUUGACGUGGACAGAGUGUCGGUCAUCUUGUUCGACGGAUUCAUUUGUGGGUGUAGCGAUGCUGCUACUAGACUCGACCGACGAACUUUCCGCACCAUCCUCUUGAACGCCGACGUCCACCGUUGUCCGAGAAGACACACCGGCGUUGGUCUCGGC